GUACGCGAAAUCAAAAAGGUGUGAAAAUAGGAAGUGCACUUUGAACGAAAAGAAACGCUGCGAGAUAGAGUUGUACUUUCAAAACUGGCAUCCAGACCCAGUAUUGCCACAAAUAUUAGUCUUUUAGUAAGCAGUGUUAUUAAAACCGAAUAAAAGGAUCCAGAAUUCAUCCUAAAUUUAUUGAAUAUGGGCUCAUGCAGCGGCAUAUGCAGGGUGCGUAUCGCAACAAUUUUAGAUCACUUGAUUAGAUAAAAUGUAUGUAAAAUCAUCACAUGAUUCACAGUUCCCUCACUUCGUUGUUCAACCUUACAUUUCAAAUAUGAAGCUGCUGGUCGUUCUUGGAUGUGUUAGUCUGCUGUUUUCUUUUGCAAUAUUUAAAAAUGCAGAAAGUACACCCUUGAAGUGUUAUGCAUGUUCCUAUCACCGGGACAACUCCACCCGGCCCGAGGACUACUACUGUAUUAACGACACGGAGAAGGUGGACACGGGGGAGAAAAUAGUCACGUGCAGGGAGGGAGAAUGGUGUAAUACGCACCAAAUAAUUAUAACAGGAACAAUGAACAUCACCUCCUACUACAGAGGCUGCGGAAAGGACAAGACUGACUUUUGCACAGACGGAGCGGCCGGACAUCGGGAUUGUGUGCGGGCCUGUGACACGUCACUUUGCAACAAUAAGACCACGCCCAUCGUCGAUCCAGGCAGCACAACCACGGUCACAACUACAGCCGGCACCUCUACCACACCAUCCGGGGCGUCCACUUUCCGCUUAACUGCAGGGGCCACUGGUAUCUUUACAGUGACAGCGUCUUUGGGACUUUUUGUGAAAUGGUUCAUGUGACAGUGAAAUCUCAGUAGCUCCUGCGUAAAAACAACCAAGUUUUUCACAUAUUUUUUAUCUGGAAUCAAGGAUUGGCACUCGAGAAUGUGAUGAUUGUUGCCAUGCUUAAAAUCUGUAAAUGAUUUCCAAUUAGAAUAUUCGACCUGAAAAGAAGAGACUUGCAACUUGCCACCGUGACAAAGCACAAAUAAAUGCUGUUUGCAACUGUAUUUAAUCUACCAAAAGUUGAUGAAUUGCAUAUCGCUCACUAUCUGUAUUCUCAAUUAUUUCAGCUAAUAAUCGUGUUUGUUUCAUGUGA